GGCAUAUGCAGGUAGCAGCCACAUGCAUCUUCUCUAGCUCAUUUCAAUAUUGUUAACUAGAGCACCAUGAUGCCAAUGCCAAUGGUUGGCAGCGCUUUCAAAGGCAGCUCGUGCGCCGUUUGCCACAGCUGAGCAGAGCUUUCGUACUGCCAGUGUUCCUCACCCCUACUCACACGCCAGACCAGUGCGGGUGCUGGCAGAUUAUUGGUAUUUAAGUUUACAACGACGCUUGAGGGUGAAGCUUUUUCUUCAAGAAGGUUGCUGACUGGACAGAUCACGGCUACAGAGUUGAAGUUCGUUUGUUUCCAUAGUAAUCCUCAAGUUUCUACGAAGCAACUAAAGCUCCUUGUCAUUGUUGACAGAACCCGAUCAUAAAGGACUGGCUCUUCGGAUACAUCAACUGAGGAUUAGGAUCUUUUCAAGGACGACAAGCAGCCCGUCAAAAGUGCCAGUGUGGUUUAUCUCUCGAGAAGCACUAGUUUGAUUUAUGCAGACCCAAACAUGAAUCCGUUGACCCAGAUAAAGAACACCCAGAAAAUCAGUGCCCAGGAAGUCGCCGCAGGCCUGUCUGACAAUGCGUCCUGGCAUGCCAAGUAUAAGGACUCAGCGUAUGUGUUCGCCGGAGGUCUGGGCUAUGAGUUAACGGAGGGGGACCUCUUAGCCGUCUUCGCACAGUAUGGGGAGAUCAUGGAUGUCAACCUUGUUCGUGAUUUGGACUCCGGCAAGUCCAAAGGUUUUGCCUUUCUUGCAUACGAGGAUCAGCGGAGCACGGUGCUGGCUGUAGACAACCUGAAUGGAGCACGUGUGGCGGGGCGCAUCGUGCGCGUGGACCACGUCGCAAACUACAAGCGCAAGAAGGAGGAGGACGAGGACGAGAGGAACGCGGCGCGGGAGGAGAGGGGGGUGUGCUAUGCGUUCCAGAGGGGCGAGUGCACCCGCGGCAGCGCCUGCCGCUUCUCGCAUGACGAACAGCGAAAUUCCAAGACGUGGGGACCCAAGGAAGAGCUGGAGUCGAAGUCGACUUGGCGCAGCGACAAGCAUCCGGGUAAUGCGCCAAGGGCGGAGAACGGCCAGACGCCAGGGUAUGGGUUUCGAAAGGACGAGGCACCUCCUAUGAAGGGGAGCAUGGGGCCUCCGCGGGCCCCACCGGGGGGCACACCGCAGGAGGAAGCCCCGCGUAUGAGAACGGGGGGAGGAGGGGCGGCCUUGCCUUGGGAAGGGGGGCUGUUCUCUAUGCUGGCAGAUAAUGUAGACGUGAAAAGAUCGAGAAAGGAGGACAAGGGGCAAAAGGACGGGGAAGGACAUCGGCAUGAGAAGCGAAGGGGAGACGGAGCAGGGGGGCGGGAGGACGACCGGGGGCGCUCGCCAAAGAGGCACCGGGGGGACAGGGAGAGGCAUGCUGCAGAGGAAAACACGGGCGCUGGUCCACGUGGGGAGGAGAUGAACAGCGCAAGGGCUGGAGACAGGGAGCGGGGAAGACAGCAAACCAGCAAGGCAGACCGGGAGGGUGACGGCCGGAGCCAGAGACAGGCUGGCGAGGGGAAUAGGAGGGGGCGUGAUGACAGGCCAAGCGAGAGCACUGGCGUGGACCACGAGAGGAGCAGCGGAAGGGACAGCACGAACAGGAGAUACAGCCGAGACAGUCCGGACAGAGAGCGGAAUGGGCGCAGCGGGCACGGAAAAGAACGGCGGGACUAUGACAGGAGUCACGGCGAGGAAGGUCCUGGUAAAGGCAGAAAAGACGUGUCAGAGAGUUCGAGGCGCAAUCGCUGAACGUGGCAGUUCAGAUCGAUGGUCAGCGAUGCUUUAACGGCAACGACCUGAUUCAUGCAGAUUGCUCGUCUUUUCAUCAAAGCUCGCCACCGUCAGUGAUAACAGCACUUAACCUCUGUGAGCUACGCGUCAAUGCUUUCUGGUACGGGCCUCUUUUCUAAGCACCAAUUGAACAACGAUCUCCUGAUGCCAUAAUGACGUACGAUGGACUGCCAUAAGCUACAGGCUGCAGGUGGCCGGCU